CACAAAUUCUGAAAUAAGAAGCCUCCAAACACGCGGGCAAUCAGUUGCACACAAGACCCCCAGAAAUGUGUGUAUGGCCUCUUCUAAGAUGGGAGACCCUCCUCGGCAUCUGGACCUGGAGUUGCCAUUUUCUAGCGCCCCUCGCAGCGGAGCUUGGCCCUUCCGAAAGUCGGAAGAAAGUCACCUUCAGCGCUGCCCAUCUCUGGGAACUACAUUACCCAGAAUCCGCCCUGUGGAAUGGAAGCGUGACUGAGCCAAUGAAGCUUCAGAGAAGCCACGCCAUUGCGGGGGCACGUAAAGUCAAGCCGAGACUUCCGGCGUCCUAGCCGUGGCAGCCAUUUUGGCCUGUGAGGCCCGUACGGAGGUUCUGGGUCUGGACGAGCUCGGGAGGAGUGGUUGUGGCCAUAGCGCACAGGCGGAUCUGAGGCUCGGCGACGCCACUGGUCGCAGCCCGGGACAGGACAACCACAGGAACACCGCCGGGCCCACGUCCCCCCGCCCGCCAACAGAGUCAUGGCUGCAGCGACUGCUCUGAGGGACCCCGCUCAGAGUGGACAACAGACUGUGGGGUUGAGGGAGGAGGAAGAUCAAACUGGAAGCUACUGCACUAGUCGAGAGCAGUGUGACCUUUGAAGACGUGGCUGUAAACUUUUCCCUGGAGGAAUGGAGUCUUCUUAAUGAGGCUCAGAGAUGCCUGUACCAUGACGUGAUGCUGGAGACCUUGACACUUAUAUCCUCCCUGGGUUGUUGGCAUGGAGGGGAAGAUGAGGCAGCACCUUCUAAGCAGAGCACUUGUAUACAUAUAUACAAAGACCAGGGAGGUCAUAGUGGAGAAAGGCCUUAUGAGUGUGGGGAAUAUAGGAAAUUAUUAAAGAACAAGUCCUGCCUCACUGAACCCAGAAGAGAUCACAAACACAGGAAUGUUCGCACUGGAGAAAGACCUUGUGAGUGCAGCAAAUAUGGGAAUUUAUUUCACCAAAACCCUACACUCCAUAUUGGUGAGAGAUUUCAUACUGGGCAAAAGACCUAUGAAUGCAGUGAGUGUGGAAAAUCAUUUCACCAGAGCUCUUCACUCUUGCAGCAUCAGACGCUUCACACUAGAGAAAAGCCUUAUGAGUGUAUUGAAUGUGGGAAAGGCUUUGCUGAAAAGUCCGGUCUCAUUAACCACAGGAAAGUUCACUCUGGAGCAAAGCGUUAUGAAUGCAAUGAAUGUGGGAAGUCCUUUGCUUAUACAUCUAGUCUCAUUAAACACAGGAGGAUUCACACUGGAGAGAGGCCUUAUGAGUGCAGUGAAUGUGGGAGAUCCUUUGCUGAAAACUCCAGUCUUAUUAAACACUUGAGAGUUCACACGGGAGAAAGGCCUUAUGCAUGUGGUGAGUGUGGAAAAUCAUUUCGCCGAAGCUCUUCACUCUUGCAGCAUCAGAGAGUUCACACUAGAGAAAGGCCUUAUGAAUGUAGUGAAUGUGGAAAAUCCUUUAGCUUAAGGUCCAACCUCAUUCACCAUCAGCGAGUUCAUACUGGAGAAAGGCAUGAGUGUGGGCAGUGUGGGAAAUCCUUUAGCCGAAGAUCUAGCCUUAUUAUACAUCUGAGAGUUCACACUGGAGAAAGGCCUUAUGAGUGCAGUGAAUGUAAGAAAUCCUUUGCUGAAAACUCCAGCCUUAUUAAACACUUGAGAGUUCACACUGGGGAAAGGCCAUAUGAAUGCAUUGAUUGUGGAAAAUCAUUUCGCCACAGUUCUUCGUUCCGUCGCCAUCAGAGAGUUCAUACUGGAAUGAGGCUUUGUAAGUGAAGCAAAUUUUGGAAAUUCUCUUGCCCAGGCUUUUUGCUCCUUCAAGGCGAGAGAGUUCACACUGGAUCAAGGUGUUAUGAGUGUGGCAAAUGGGGAAUAUUCUUUAGCUGGAAUGCUAGCUUCUUUACAUAAAAGAGUGCUACCACUGAAGAAGUGCCUUUUGAGUGCAAUGAAUGUGAGAAAGCCUUCAUCAUCUCUCAUUGGUUACCAGAAUAUUUACAUGAGGAAAAUACCACAGAUGUGGAGGCAAUAUUAUUUCUUCUUCAGUUUGACACUGGAGGAGACCCCUUAUGAGGAUGCCAUCUGCCUAAAUUGAAUGUGCCAUACAUCAAAUAGCUGCAUACAUUCCAGGUAUGUGGGAACCACAUAGUAUUUUUCAGCCUGCCCAGGUCUCUUGCUAGACUUCUGUGACUGACAGUUCUCUUCUAAAAAGCAUUUCACCUUUACCAGUUGGCAGGUGCCCACAGUACAUCAUUCGCCUAACUCAUCAUGAUCCAGAAGUAACUUUGAUUUUGUUUCAUUCAACAGAGGGAUUUUUUAGUAUCCUCAGUACUCACUCUAUUCUCAUUUCUUUCUCUCUGAUGAGUUAGGCCAUGAAACUGACACAUUUUUGGCACAGAGGACUCUUCUGAUAACCUGAAAAGAUGGACUGCCUUUUUCAGGGAUCUUUUGGAUCUCACAGAAUUCUUAAGAUGGAAUUUUCCAGCCUGCCAGUCAUGAAUCUCAGACAGCCUGCUGCCUAUUGCCCUGAUUUGUGUUAUAAUAAAGGCCCUGUUGUUUAAGACACCUUCAGUCUUUGCAAGAGGGCAUGGAAGCUCCAAGCGCUUUUCUCAUACUUUACCCUAUGCAUCUCUAUCUGCAUGUUUUGUACUAUUUAUAAUUAACCAGUAAAUUAUUUUCCCUGAGUUUUAUGUGCCGCUCUAUCAAAUUAAUCAAAUCUGGUCAUGGGGGGUCCAUGGGAUUCCUGGUUUAUAGUUCAUCAGUCAAAAGCAGAGGCUCUGGGGCUUUGAUUGGCAUCAGAAAUGGGAGCGUCAGUUUUGGUGACUGAGUCGUCAAACUGGGGGAUGUGAUGCUAUCUGCGGGUAGAUAAUGACUGAGUUGAACUGGAGGACCCCCAGCUUGUAUCCACUGGAGGAUUGCUUGGUAUGGGUAGAAAACACCCUGCAUAUCUGGUCACAGAAUUAUUCCAUAUUGGUUAUUGUUGUGUGACAGACAACAGAGGAAAAGUUUAUUUUUUUCGACAAAUAUGCUAUGGCUUCCCUUCUAUUCCACAUCUUUCUACUCCUGCCAUACUAUUUCUUUCUCUCCAAGUUUGUUAUUCCUCAGAGUUCUCAUAAAUGGAAAGGAUAUGCACUUUGUUGAAAUAAGAAUUUCAUGUUAACCAAGUUUUCAUGAUAGCCGUGAGUUUCACUUAAUUAUCUCAGAACUUAGAGCUUACUGUUCUCUACUUACUAUCCAUUGAGACUUAAUGUGUUCUUGGCCAUCACAGAAACUUUACUAGCUACUUAUGUCAUUGUCAAUGGAUAACUCUCUGAAUCCACAUUAAUUACUUUGUAAUCAUCUCGGUCCUCAACUGUGUUUCAGAGAUAAUCUCCAGUCUUCAUGCAGACGCUAUCACUGCACCUACAAGUGAAAUGAUAAUCACUUCCUAGCAAGGAAGUUGGAUCAUGUAAUACAAGAUAAUUUAUCAAGAAUCAGAUAGUCUUGUUCCACACCUGCAGGAAUGUCAACAUCGCAACCACCAUGGCAAAUAUUGAUUUAAUAAGCAACUACUAUUCCCAGAUAAGUGUCAGAAUCUUAGAAGAAAUUGUAAUAUCUUAGACAAUUUAGACGUGAUGGAGGGUGGAUGAUGAGAAAUUAUUUAAUGGGUACAAUGGAUACUAUUUGAGUGAUGGAUACCCUAAAGCCCUAAUUUAGCUUCUACACAAUCUGUACAUGUAACCAAAUCACACUUAUACCACAUUAAAUUAUUUAAAAAAAAAAAAAGUGUUAAAUAGAAAAAUGCUGC